AUGAUUGGUUGUGUCUACAGAAGUAACUACACAGACACUCUCUUCUAUUCUAUGCAAUGUGGUGUGGGCAUUUCAAUGCAAAAUAGUCACAAACACAAAGACAGCGAGACCAACUCAACCAAAUCUUCUAGUUCCAGACCAGAGAUCCUUACUAUGGGAACUACCUGUUUCACAGCUACAAAUGUUGUUCCCAAACCUCAAAAGUUUUCUGGGAAUUUCUCUAACCUCUGUGAUAACGCUCUGUGUCUGGGGUUCCUCAAUUUUAGUUCCCCCUUCUCUCACUCCAACUUGGGUAGCAGAGUAAAGUUGACAUCUUUUUCAAUGUCUAGGGUAACCCAUUUGCAGGUUUCGCAAGAUGCACUCACACCCACUGAAGAAUCAGUGUCUUCCUCUUCUCGUGUAAUCGGAGAACAUGACUUGCUCAUUGUGGGUCCCGGGGUUCUUGGUCGUUUGGUAGCUCAAAAAUGGCGAGAGGAAAUUCCAGGUUGUCAAGUUUAUGGACAGACUAUGACCACUAAUCAUCACAAUGAGUUGAUUCAAAUGGGUAUUAAUCCGUCUUUGAACUGGACAGAAGCUACUCACAAAUUUCCAAAUGUCAUUUAUUGUGCUCCACCUUCCCGGACCCCUGACUAUGCUGGUAACGUUAGGCUAGCUGCGUUAAGCUGGAAUGGUGAAGGUUCUUUCUUAUUUACAUCAAGCAGUGCUCCAUAUGAUUGUAAUGAUAAUGGACCAUGUGAUGAGGAUACUCCAGUUGUGCCAAUUGGGAGGAACCCCAGGAUUGAUGUCCUUCUAAAAGCUGAAAAUGUGGUACUGGAGUUUGGUGGUUGUGUUCAAAGAUUGGCAGGACUUUAUAAAGCAGAUAGAGGCGCCCACAAUUAUUACUUAGAAAAGGGCAUUGUUGAUAGCCGUCCUGAUCACAUCCUGAAUCUGAUACAUUAUGAUGAUGCAGCUUCCCUCUCAGUUGCAAUCUUGAAGGAAAAAUUCCGUGGACAGAUUUUCUUGGGUUGUGAUAAUCAUCCUUUGUCUAGGCAAGAAAUGAUGGAUCUAGUUAAUAAAAGUGGGAAAUUCAGCAAGAUUUUUGAUAAAUUUACUGGAACUGAUGGGCCUCUAGGUAAGAGAUUAAACAACACAAGAACCCGCCAGGUAGCUGGCUGGGAGCCUAAGUACCCUAGCUUUGCUAGUUUUCUGGAGAGCAUCUGACAGAUUCCUGAGUGUAUCUUUGCUGUUGACUCUGAUUUAUGCGGAAAAUGCAAUACAGUGGUGCCUUAGGGAAUGUUUGCUGUAGAUGGAAGAGCUCAUACACGCCUGAACUCUGAAGUGUGUACAUUUUCCUAUUUCUUCAUAUUUGACGUUGUUUAGAAGGGUGAUCACUUAUUGAAUUGUCUUAAAAUUUGGUGAUUUAACCACUUUCAUGUUGCAUGCGUACUAUAGAUGUAACAAGUUAGCACUUAGCACUCAUUUUUUUGUGAAUGACAGAUUCUUGCGUAGGAACUUCCUACAUGAGGCAUUCAAAUCAGAAUUUGAGAUGUGUAAUGUUACAUGGGACAUGUUAGAAAA